AUGAUCAGAGAUCACAUAGUGUUUGGAAUACGCUCGCACAAGAUACGAGAAAAACUCAUAAGCGAAGGAUCGGGACUGACACUUGAAAAGUGCAUGGAUAUAGCACGGACUUAUGAGUUGAGUCAAACUCAGGUCAAGGACAUUAAUUGUCAAUCGCAGUCAGUGAAUGCAGUCGGACGAAACCCAAUGUACAAGGCAGCGCAGAAGAAAACACGGAGUACAAUGCAACAGACUUAUUCCAGAAACCCCCAAGAUCGCCAACAGAGACCAUUUCAAGGGAAACAACAAGGUGGACAAUAUGAUACACAUAGGACUAGCAAUUUCUGUGAUAAUUGUGGGAAUUCAAAGCAUGGAUAUAAUGACAUGUGUCCCGCUAAGGGAAAAUUUUGUGAUUAUUGUACAAAACCCAAUCAUUUUGCCAAAGUAUGCAGAAGGAGAAAGCUUAACAACAAAAUCAAUGAGCUGCCACCAUUUUCAGUUGUGACAAUAUAUGACCUAUCAUUUGAUACUACAUCUGAUCUUGAAUAUUCCUCCCUUGACACCCCUUCCCAUGAUGAUGAAUUCUAUGUCAAUACAGUUGAGCAUGAUCAUAUCACAAAUCAAGCAUUUGCCACAAUCACAAUUGGUUCAACACCAAUUUCCAUGAAAAUUGAUAGCGGUGCACAGGUAAACUGCCUUCCAAGGUCUGUUUAUGCAUCUCUUAAGAUUGCAGGCCCACUAACGCCUAAUCAGAAGCGUUUAACAGGCUAUUCCGGAAAGCCGUUAAAGGUAGAUGGUAUCAUCAAAUUGCCAUUAAAAUACAAUGGGCAAACAUUUUAUGAGGAGUUCUAUAUAGUAGAUACGAGGUCACAACCCAUAAUAGGUUUACAAACAUGUUUGAAACUUAAUGUCAUGAAGUUGGUCUUAGCUGUGGGCUCAGACUCACAUCCAACAAAAGAGUCAGUACUAGGUCAAUACCCUGAUAUAUUUCAAGGUAUAGGGCAACUACCUGGUGAAUGUCAAAUACAUUUACGCGAGGAUGCAACUCCAGUUAUACAUCCUCCACGAAAAGUGCCCAUAGCAAUUAAGGACAAGCUCAAGGCAGAGCUCGACCAUAUGGAAUCCCAGGACAUAAUCGCUAAGGUCACAGAGCCAACUGAAUGGGUCAACAGUCUUGUCACUGUUGAAAAAUCUAAUGGAUCUCUAAGAAUCUGCUUAGACCCGAAAGACCUGAACAAUGCCAUUAAGAGACCACACUACCCAAACAAGACUCUUGAUGACAUACUUCCUGAAUUGUCACAUGCUACAGUGUUCUCUAAAUUUGACGCUCGUAGUGGUUACUGGUCCAUAAAACUUACAGAGGAGUCUUCAUACCUUACAUGCUUUAACACGCCAUUUCAAAGAUAUCGUUUUCUACGGUUACCCUUUGGAGUUUCAUGUGCAAAUGAUUUGUUUCAAUCAAAAAUGGAUCAGUGCCUUGAAAAUCUGCCAGGUGUAACGACAAUUGUUGAUGAUAUUGUGGUUUAUGGUAAAGACCACACUGAACACAACACAAAUCUUCACAUGUUCAUGCAAAGAUGUCGAGAAAUGGGCAUCAAACUAAACCCAGAUAAGACAGAGAUAGGGAAAAGUGAAAUACCCUUUUUUCGGUCACCUUCUCACAUCUAA